AUGUCGUCCAACUCGACCAACCAGGCCUUCCAGGCAUUCUAUCUUCAGCAUACCACCGCGGAGCUUGCUGAAGACCUUGACCAGUUGCGCACAUCCGCCGAUUUUGUCCUGCCGGGUCAGGAGAGUGUUGGUGCUGGCGAUGCCAGCGCUGCAGGCGGAAAGGCUGGUGCCAAGAGCGCUUCUGAUCGGCGCGCUGCGGCAAGGAACGGCCAUGUUCUCGGCCGAGGACCAGGCCCGAGUGGUCGUUGGCAAGACCGGCGAGAGCAGCUGAAAGGGGACUCGACGGGAUUCUGCUCAAGCCAGGAGGAGACGGACACGACACGCGUUUACGACGACGACGACAACAACGAAGUGUAUAAAUCAAUGUUUAAGGCCAGCAUCAAUGCGGAAUCCAACAUGCAAUGA